AUGAAAGAGGGUGACAUUGGCGUAUCUGUCAAGGCGUAUCUGUCAAGGCGUAUCCGUCAAAGCGUAUCCGUCAAGGCGUAUCUGUCAAGGCAUAUCUGUCAAGACGUAUCUGUUAAAGAGUAUCCGUCAAGGCAUAUCUGUCAAGGCGUAUCCGUCAAAGCGUAUCUGUUAAAGCAUAUCCGUCAAGGCGUAUCCGUCAAGGCGUAUCCAUCAAGGCGUAUCUGUCAAGGCGUAUCCGUCAAAGCGUAUCCAUCAAGGCGUAUCUGUCAAGGCGUAUCCGUCAAGGCGUAUCCGUCAAAGCGUAUCCGUCAAGGUGUAUCCGUCAAGGCAUAUCCGUCAAAGCAUAUCCGUCGAGGCUUACCUGUCAAGGCGUGUCUGUCAAGGCAUUUCUCAAGGCAUAUCUGUCGAGGGGUAUCUGUCAAGGCAUAUCUGUCAAGGCGUCUCUCAAGGCAUAUCUGUCGAGGGGUAUCUGUCAAGGCAUAUCUGUCAAGGCGUCUCUCAAGGCAUAUCUGUCGAGGGGUAUCCAUCAAGGUGUAUCUGUCAAGGUGUGUCUGUCAAGGGGUAUCAAGGCCGCCCCAGGGUGUUGGAGACAAACAGACAGAGACUACGUGUAUCAAUAUUUACUUCAACUCAUUUUUGCGCCUUGGGUCAGUUUUGUUUACUUUAUUUUUGUGCUUCGUCUCAAAUUUUUACUUUCAUUUUUGUCCUUUAGCUGGUUUUUUGUUAUUGUUUUUGUCCUUUGGCUGGUUUUGUUUAUUUUUUUACCUCAGUUCAAUUUUUACUUUUAUUUUUGUCCUUCAGUUCAAUUUCUACUUUAAUUUUUGUGCCUCAGCUAAUUUUUUUCCCUUCAUUUUUGCAUCUCAGCUAAUUUAUACUUUCAUUUUUCUCAUAUCUGCUCAAUUUUUCCCUUUCAUUUUUGUAUCUCAGCUCAACUUUUUACCUGGUAUUUAUGCACCUCAUCUAAUUUAUACUUUCAUUUUUCUCAUAUCUGCUCAAUUUUUCCCUUUCAUUUUUGUACCUCAGUUCAAAUUCAACAUUCAUUUUUGCAUUUCGGCUCAAUUUUUCCUUUCAGUCUUGUACCUCGACCCAAUGUGA